AUGCGACAGGAACAGGCUCCAUGGACUCGAAUGCAGUGCUGCGAAUCGGAUUCUCACGGCCAAGUGACGCGACGCAAUCAGAGAGCGGAGAAAUCAGGAAACCCUUGGUCAGAUGUGCCGAUAAGAUCUGCACAGCCUACUCAUGUUCGGAUUGCUCCCAAGGCGAAACCGUCUGCCACGAAAUUUGCUGGUAAUACCCCGGAUCUCUGCGACGACUCUCCCGACGGCGACUCCGACGUAAUUGAGGUAUACACGCCUGAUUUGGACCCCACGGACGGUGUAUUUCAGAACCACUCCCUCGCGCUGGUGCCAAAAACAGCGACGAUUGCUCCUAUGCUUUUCUAUCCUGACGAGCACCUGAUACCCGUAAAAUUCUUCUCCAACAUUUUUGACUACUUCAGAGGAGCUUGUGACAACGGCCACUUUGUCAGGAACGAUUCGGGAGAUCUGGUCAGUCACGUCUCUCCCAGGAGUAGCAUGGACGUCAGUAACUUCUACAAAUGCUGCAUCACUGCAAUAGAUCUUCUGGAACGCGGUUAUUACGCUCAAGGAUUCGCUCUUGUGUCAAACGCUCUAUGGCUUGUCGAGCGCUUGCUAGAAGUAAGAGAUCCGAAGUUGAUUGAUACCAUCUGCGAUGUAGCUGUGCUCCUCCUGACAAAAGGCUGGGACCAGGUAUACGAAAUUCUGAUGGAAAGAAUUUGCUGCAUGGUUCAAUUCCAGGCCAUCAAGAAUAAGGAGCAACAUCAUCCAUGGGCUCAACUAUUCGCCUGGUUGCAAAAAUUACCGACCUCUCAAGCCCUGGAGAUCUUGCGGCGGGGCUGGAAGUGUGGACUCGAUCAACUUGAAGAUGUGAAUCCUGGACAUUCAUGGGAAUGGCUCAACAUGAACUGCUCUUCUGAUUAUCCGUUACGAAUGGGCGGACAUGUUACACGGCUUCAUCAAGACGUACUAUCCGCUUGGUUUGAAGUUCCAGAGCCUUCAGCAUUGAGCAGUAUGCGACAGCAGUUUGCUUGCGGUAAUGUUCUGUACUAUGAUGGAAACUAUCGCGAAGCUUUAGGUGCCAUGGAGUCCAUCAUUCACAGAUGCAUCGAAGCAAGAGAGCAAGGUGAGGAGAAGUGGAUGACGCUGGAGAUCGAGGCUCUCGAGGUAGCAUCACGAUGCCAUUCUGCCUUGAGCAAACUAGGUCGACGCCGUGGCGACAUUCCUACCGCAGUCACUCUACUGGAAAACGCGAUUCACAGGAGCGAAGUGGUGUGGGGCGCUUCGUCUGCCACAACAAUAGCAUUGCAACACAGCUUGUGGCUGUUGCUCUUGGAACAGGAACGACACAGUGAAGCAAAGUUGUUGCGAAGCAAGAUUGAUGCUGUUAUGAUCCAGUCUGAACCUGGAACAUCGGGUGCUGCAACAGGACCUGGCUGA